GUCAAGUCCCUUCAGCUCGGCUCAGUCAGCCGCCGGCGCCUCCUUCGCUCUGAGACCGUGCACAGACAGCAGGCAGGCGCAGCGGAAACUUGUGCCGAGGACACGGAGAGGGCUGCGACGAAGAGUUUGCUCAUACAGUUGCCUUCAAACUGGUUUCUUCGUGGGUCUGUCGGUUCACAUCUGGAGACCUCCUCCUGGAUCCAUCAUUACUUGCUGAGAGAGACGCUCGAGAGAAGCUGCCAUGUCUGACUCCACACCUCCUCAAGCCAUGGCUAAUCAGACUCUUGAGCUGUCCCACUGCUAGGCGAGGGGGCGCCAGAGAGGGCAGGAGACAUGUUGGGACCGAAGCCCGGGAAUCACUGCACUGAAUUCUGUUACUAUAGCUACUUCUGUAGUGAUCAUGGAAAUGCUAUGGAGGACUGCACUGAUCUGCACUGUCGUUGUCGUCAUGGGUGCCGCAGAGGUCGCAGGAGGUCGCAGAGAUGAGUUUGCACAAUCACAAGCUACCUUCCUGUCCAGUCUUGGCCACUAUGAGAUUGCAAUUCCAGUGCGCGUAGGACCCAAUGGAGAGACUCUGCACACAAAAGCCUCUCAUUACCACAGAAGAAGACGCAGUACAGAAGAAACAACAUCGAUUGACACCUCUCUCUACUAUCAGCUAUCUACGUCACGCAACAACUUCAUGCUGAACCUGACGCUGCAGGGAGGCCUGUUAGCCCACCAGUUUAGGGUGGAGUACUGGAAAAGAGGCAGAUUAGCCUGGAGUGAGCCUUAUUCUCCCCACUGCCAUUAUGUCGGACACCUCCAGGACCAGCCGCAUUCCAGCAAAGUGGCCCUCAGCAACUGCAAUGGCCUGCAGGGGGUGAUUGUUGCUGGGGGAGAAGAGUACCUGAUCGAACCUCUUAUUUCAUCAGCAAACCAAACCAAACCGGAGAGAGGGGACCGGGCUGAGGGGCGCCCCCAUGUGGUUUAUAAGCGCUCAUCCCUCCGCCAUCAGUACAAGGGCCAGUCUUGUGGAGUCAUUGAUGAGAAGUCAGUGAAGAGCUCAUCAUGGUGGCAGAGGACGCUGAAGACGCCUCCUCAUCAUGUCGGACGAGGCCAGUUGCCACUAAAGCGCUCGGUGAGCUGGGAGCGCUACGUGGAGACGCUGGUGGUGGCUGACAAGAUGAUGGUGGGCUACCAUGGUCGUAAGGACAUCGAGCAGUACAUCCUGGCCCUCAUGAAUAUUGUUGCCAAACUGUUCCAGGAUUCUAGCCUGGGGAAUGCAGUCAACAUCGUGGUGACACGACUCAUCCUGCUCAUGGAGGACCAGCCCACAUUAGAGAUUAAUCACCAUGCAGGCAAGUCUUUAGACAGCUUCUGCAAAUGGCAGAAAUCUAUCCAGCACCGCAGCAGUUAUGGCAACGCUAUCCCUGACAAUGGCAUCGCUCACCAUGACACCGCGGUACUCAUCACCAGGUAUGACAUUUGCAUCCAAAAAAACAAGCCCUGUGAAACUUUAGGUCUUGCUCCCGUUGGAGGAAUGUGUGAGCCGGAGAGGAGCUGCAGCAUCAACGAGGACAUUGGCCUCGGAACAGCUUUCACUAUUGCCCAUGAAAUUGGACAUACGUUUGGGAUGAACCAUGACGGUAUUGGUAAUACGUGUGGGCCCCGUACCCAGGAGACGGCCAAGCUGAUGGCCGACCACAUCACCAUGAAGACGAACCCGUUCAUCUGGUCGGCCUGCAGCAGGGAUUACAUCACCAGCUUUCUGGACUCAGGUAUGGGAUCGUGUCUGAACAAUGUGCCCCCAAAGCAGGAGUUUGUGUACCCCACCACAGCCCCGGGCCAGGCCUACGACGCAGAUGAACAGUGCCGCUUCCAAUAUGGAGUCAGAUCCCGACAAUGUAAAUAUGCAGAGGUCUGCAGUGAGCUAUGGUGCAUGAGCAAGAGCAACCGAUGCAUCACCAGUAGCAUUCCUGCUGCAGAGGGAACCAUCUGUCAGACCAACACCAUUGAGAAAGGGUGGUGCUACAAGAGGAUCUGUGUGGCGUAUGGGACACGUCCAGAGGGUGUGGAUGGAGGUUGGGGCCAAUGGUCUCCUUGGGAAGAGUGCAGCAGGACCUGUGGAGGUGGUGUCUCCUCCUCUAUGCGAUACUGCGACAGCCCGAGGCCAACCAUUGGUGGAAAGUACUGUUUGGGCGAGAGAAAGCGCUACAGGUCCUGUAAUAUUGAUGACUGCCCCGUAGGCUCACGGGACUUUCGAGAGAUGCAGUGUGCUAACUUUGAUAGUGUUCCUUUCAGGGGGAAAUUCUAUACAUGGAAGCCAUACAGAGGAGGUGGGGUGAAAACAUGCUCUCUGAAUUGCCUGGCGGAAGGAUACAACUUCUACACCGAACGAGCCCCAGCAGUGGUAGACGGCACACCAUGCAGAGAUGACUCUCUGGAUGUGUGCGUCAAUGGCGAGUGUAAGCACGUUGGCUGCGAUCGCAUUCUCAGCUCAGAGGUUCGUGAGGACCGCUGUCGGCUCUGCGGGGGUGAUGGCAGCAGCUGCGAGUCUGUAGAGGGAGUCUUCAAUGACUCUCUGGCUGAAGGAGGUUAUGAAGAGGUCAUCCGAAUCCCAAAAGGCUCGGUGUUCAUCCACAUACAAGAGCUCAACUUUUCUCAAAAUUACAUUGUGCUAAAGAGUAAAAGCGAUCAAUUCUUCCUCAAUGGGAAGCUGGCUACUGACACACCACACAGGUUUGAUGUUGCUGGAACAACUUUCCACUACAGGCGACCCGCUGAUGGGCCAGAAACACUUGAGGCUCUUGGACCAAUAAAUAUGACCCUUAUUGUCAUGGUGAUGGUCCAUGAGGAGAACCUUGGAAUCCACUAUCGUUUUAAUCCCCCUAUCAACCGGGAACGACUGAAUGGUUUUGCCUGGUACCACACAUCUUGGUCACACUGCUCUGCUCUCUGUGCUGGAGGUGAGCAGAUCCAGCAGGUGGUGUGUCGGAAACUAUCAGAUCACGCCAUUGUUUACAACCACUUCUGCGAUAAGAAGCACAAACCCAAAGAGAGGCGCAGAUUCUGCAAUACUGAGCCGUGUUCCCCAACCUGGUGGACAGGAUUGUGGUCGGAGUGCAGUCACAGCUGUAAUGGCGGUCUGAGGACACGUGAGGUUUUAUGCAAAAGGAGGAUUUCUACAUCAGAGGAGAAGAUCCUAGAUGACUCCGCCUGUCCCCCUUCACGCCCCUCGUUCACUGAACCCUGCAACAACCACAGCUGCCCUCCCGAAUGGAUGGCCCUGAACUGGUCAGAGUGUACACCCAGCUGUGGUCCUGGCUACAGACACCGAGUGGUUUUGUGCAAGAGUGGGGAGAGUAGAGACGCCCUGCCAGAUGCCAAGUGCCCCAAGCAUGGCAGACCCACCUCUCGAGUGCGAUGUAACCUAAAGCGAUGCCCUCCGCCGCAGUGGGUGAUGGGCCCUUGGGGAGAGUGUUCUGCCAAGUGUGGGCUGGGUCAGGAGAUGCGAUCCGUGCAGUGUCUGACCCACACCCGCAUGCCAUCCAACGAGUGUCUGGAACAUCUGAAACCCGCCUCCAUGCAGCAGUGCAAGAGCAAAUGUGACCUCAUUAUGCCCAUCAGUACAGACAAUCCUGAAGAGUGCAAAGAUGUGAACACUGUGGCCUACUGCCCCCUAGUGCUCAGGUUCAAGUUCUGCAGCCGGCCUUAUUUUAGACAGAUGUGCUGCAAGACAUGCCAAGGACACUGAUCUGGACUGGUGAACCUCACAACACACAGACACACUCACACACUCACAAAAUGAGCCUUGCGGCAGCAACCUGGGAAGGCAAAGCUUUGAUGCUGCAAGACACCCAUGGUGGUUUAACAGUUCUGAGGGACUUCUUUGCAGCCAGAGGCCAUGAAAGAGCAGAUCCCUCCCAAGCAGCCUGAGCUGAGUUCUACAUUCCACUGGCGGAAAGGCUGCUGCAACCUGUCCUCUGUUGUAAUAUUUUUGGUGCUACUUCUGCAGCCGCUUGUUGGCUACAGGACAGGUUUCGGUGUUUUGAGGGCCACUUUGUGUUUGCUUUGGCUUCGAUGUAAAGAGGCCCUAUUUUUGUUCAGCAAUAUGUUUAAAUAUCCACUUUGUUAAGAAAAGGAGCCCCCAUGAAAAAGGAAUAUCGUACAUUCUAGAAGGUUUUGUCUAAGUUACCUGAAAGAUGUUACUUGACCACAGUGUUUCUGUUUUUUUUUCUUGCUAAUAGUGUCAUCCAUUCACAGCACUUGUACAGUAUGCAAUUAUAUUUGUUUUGACAUCUUUUGAAAUACUGACUGCAGAGAACCUGUGUUAUUCAUCUUGCGCUCCACAUCUUUUUGUUUUUGUUCUCAGUUCUCAAAAAUAGCUUCCUGCUGCACAGGACAGAAAGCCACAUUUUUAGCAGUAGCAACUUCGAUUUUAUGGGAUGCAAAUUUGUGUUGCAACUGUAGGGUAUGGCAGCUUUCAAUGAAAUCUCCAAAAGUAAAGAAGCCCGAUCCUAUGCUGGGACUCACUAUUUUUAUCACAUUAAACACCUUACUCGACAGUCUAAGUAACUUUAAAUAUAAGUGGAAAUUCAGUGUCAGAGUAAGAGAGCCGUUGUGACUCAUUGUCUAAUUAUACACUGUCUACUCUGUGGGUUCACCACAUGAUUAAUAAUAAUCAUUCAAACCGGUGAGAAGACUUCUUCCGUAUAUGAUGGAAAAGUAUUUAGGAUGUACACGAUACAGAAAAAGUCAUAUGACAAAAGUAACACUGGUCAACAAAGAUUUACAACUAUUUUUAAUCAUAGAUGCAAGUAAAGGUUUAGCAGUGAUUUUUUAUUUUUUUU